CCUCUCGAUUAGUCCACAUGAUCGGGCAACCUAAUCACCGCAGGCUAAUUGACAGCCUCCCGCCCCGGCCAUGCCACCUAAUCACGCCGCCGCAAGAGACAUGGUUCUUGCUUUGCUCGCCACCGUUCUAGUCCUCACGGCGCGUCCGGCGACUUCGGCGGCGGCGGCGAUGCAGCCGCGCGCGUCGUGCCUGCGGCGGUGCGGCGACAUCGAGAUCCCGUACCCAUUCGGCGUCGGCCCCGGGUGCCACCUCGAGACGGGGGACUGGACGUUCGUGCUCACCUGCAACCGCACCGCGGGCGGCGGGCGGCCCCGGCUGUACAACUACCAGAUCGAGGUGCUGGACAUGUCGGUGCGCCUCGGCCAGCUCCGGAUCUACAGCAUCAUCAACCCCUGGUGCUACAACGCCACGACGCGGGCGAUGAACGGCCAGAGCAACUGGUGGUACAACAUGUCCAUCACCAACUUCCGCAUCAACGACGCGCAGAAUCGGUUCACCGUCGUCGGCUGCAACUCGCUCGCCUACAUCCGCUCGCUCAACGACACCAUCGACACGUCCCGCUACAUGACGGGGUGCAUGGCCAUGUGCCCCGGCGUGGGGCGGCUGGCCGACGGCUCCUGCGCCGGCGUCGGAUGCUGCCAGACCGCCAUCCCUGGCGGCCUCAACGGCUACCAGGUCUCCUUCGAGGAGAAGUUCAACACCUCCGGGAUCGCCGGCUUCAGCCGCUGCAGCUACGCCGUGCUCGUCGAGGCCGCCGCCUUCGACUUCCGCGCCAGGUACGUCACCACCGACGCAUUCGUCGCCGAGAACGGCGGCCAGGUGCCGCUCGUGCUCGACUGGGCCAUCGGGAACAAGACGUGCCAGCAGGCCAGGCGGAACGCGUCGGCGUACGCCUGCGUCAGCGCCAACAGCGAGUGCGUCGACUCCAAGUACGGCAAGGGCCGGGGCUACCUCUGCAACUGCUCCGCCGGAUACGACGGCAACCCCUACCUGCUCAACGGCUGCCAAGAUGUUAACGAGUGUGAAGACGCAAGAUUCAGGUACCCGUGUUCUGUUCCUGGCACUUGCGUCAACACUGUUGGAUCAUUCUACUGCGCGUGCCCCGACAAGACGACGGGCAACGCCUACAAUGGGACGUGCGAGGACAAUAAGUCCCAAAUUGGAUGGCAGAUCGCCAUUGGUGUCACCAGCGGCGUCGUCGUGCUGAUCAUCACGGCGACCUGCCUCUACAUGGUCCACGAGAAGAGGCGGCUGGCCAAGAUCAAGAGCGAGUACUUCAAGCAGCACGGCGGCCUGCUGCUGUUCGAGGAGAUGAAGUCGCAGCAGGGCCUGUCCUUCACGCUCUUCACGCAGGAGGAGCUCGAGGUGGCGACCAACAGGUUCGACGAGCGCAACGUCAUCGGCAAGGGCGCCAACGGCACCGUGUACCGGGGCACCACCAAGGACGGCGAGGCCGUAGCGAUCAAGAAGUGCCGGCUCGCCAGCGAGCGCCAGAAGAAGGAGUUCGGCAAGGAGAUGCUCAUCCUGUCGCAGAUCAACCACCGCAACGUCGUCAAGCUCUACGGCUGCUGCCUCGAGGUGGAGGUCCCGAUGCUGGUGUACAAGUACAUCCCGAACGGCACCCUGUACCGGCUCAUCCACGGCCGCCGCGGCGAGCACCCGCGCAUCCCGUUCUCGCUCCGCCUCCGGAUCGCGCACCAGACCGCCGAGGCGCUCGCGUACCUGCACUCCUGGGCGUCGCCCCCCAUCAUCCACGGCGACGUCAAGACCUCCAACAUCCUCCUCGAGGAGGACUACACCGCCAAGGUCUCCGACUUCGGGGCCUCGACGGUGGCGCCCACGGACGAGGCGCAGCUCGUGACGCUUGUGCAGGGGACCUGCGGGUACCUGGACCCCGAGUACAUGCGGACGUGCAAGCUGACGGACAAGAGCGACGUGUACAGCUUCGGCGUCGUGCUGCUGGAGCUCCUGACGUGCCGGAAGGCGCUCAACCUGGAGGAGCUGGAGGAGGAGAAGUACCUCUCGUCGCAGUUCCUCCUGGUGCUGGGCGAGGGCCGGCUCGGGGAGAUACUGGACGAGCAGGUGAAGGGAGAGCACGGCCUCGAGCUGCUCGAGCAGGUCGCGGAGCUCGCGAAGCAGUGCCUGGAGAUGGCCAGCGACAGGAGGCCGUCGAUGAGGCAGGUCGCGGAGGAGCUCGCCAGGCUGAGCAGGAUGGCCCAGCACCCCUGGGGACGGCAGAACUCCGAGGAGAUUCUGGCACUGCUCGGUGGAUCGCCCAGCACGGCAUCCGAAAUCGAGCUUAGUAGCCCUCGGAAUAUCAGUUUUACUGAUACGGCGUAUGUUGGAAUUAGGUCUCCACGUUAGUGGUACAAAUUUUCCUCCUUUCAUUCUAGAAGUGUACGGCGUUUUAGUUUUGGUCUAAGUUAAACUUUAAAUUUGACCAAAUCUAUAGAAAACUCCCUCUGUCCUGAAAAAUAUA